ACCCUGCACAUUGAACGUGCGAGCACACAGACGCUCUGUGUAGUUUCGGAUGUAAGCUCGAGCGCCACUCGCACAUAUGACAGGAUACAAGCUCGAAAGAAGAAAAGAUGCAAAUCCCCCUCAUGUUUCAUGCGAUAUAUACAUCGCUGUGCUGAUUUCAUCAGUAUUACAGAGGUGAACGGCGAUGUCUGGCUGCGUAACGCUGAUUGACGGACCGGAGCGGUCGCGCGCGUGUUAACGCAUAACAGUGUUUUCAGCUCGUCCGUAAACUUUGCGAAAACUUGGCGGCAUCACUUCUCAUUUUGACGGGCGAGGUGAAACAGCAGCACAAAGCAUGGCGACACAAAACGACUGCUCUGUCAAGGUCUCUUUAAGGAUCCGGCCGCAGAUGGCAAAAGAAAAGAUUGAGGGAUGUCACAUCUGCACCUCUGUUACUCCUGGGGAGCCCCAGGUGCUCUUGGGUAAAGACAAGGCCUUUACAUAUGAUUUUGUGUUUGACUUGGACGCUCAGCAGCACCAGAUCUACAGCGCCUGCGUUCACAAGCUCAUUGAAGGCUGCUUCGAAGGAUACAACGCAACUGUCUUUGCUUACGGUCAAACUGGUUCAGGAAAGACCUACACCAUGGGCACUGGCUUUGACGUAUCCGUGUCAGAGGAAGAGCUGGGCAUCAUCCCUCGGGCAGUGCGACAACUCUUCCAGGGCAUCCAAAAACGCAGACUGGAGGCACAGAGCGCCGACAUGCCCCCGCCAGAUUUCAAAGUCAGCGCCCAAUUCCUGGAGCUCUAUAACGAGGAGAUCCUGGACCUGUUUGACAGCGCACGUGAUCCAGAGGCUCGAAACAGGAAGUCCAACAUUAAGAUCCAUGAGGAUGGGAGCGGAGGGAUCUACACCACAGGAGUGACCUCACGGCUGGUCAGCUCAGAGGAGGAGCUCCUGCAGUGUCUGAAGCUGGGCGCUCUGUCCCGCACCACCGCCAGCACGCAGAUGAACGCCCAGAGCUCCCGCUCUCAUGCCAUCUUUACCAUCCACCUCUGCCAGAUGAGAGUGUGUCCGCAGCCUCAGCUGGUGAAUGGAGAGAUGAACGGUGUAUCUGAUAGUCCCAUUUCUCAGCCCGAGUAUGAGACGCUCACUGCCAAGUUUCACUUUGUGGACCUGGCGGGAUCGGAGCGUCUCAAACGCACAGGAGCCACGGGAGAGAGAGCGAGAGAGGGCAUCUCUAUCAACUGUGGCCUGCUGGCCCUGGGUAAUGUGAUCAGUGCAUUGGGAGAUCAGAGUAAGAAGGCGGGUCAUGUGCCUUACAGAGACUCCAAACUCACACGCCUGCUGCAGGACUCGCUGGGAGGAAACAGUCGGACUGUGAUGAUUGCCUGCGUGAGCCCUUCUGACCGUGACUUCAUGGAGACCCUGAACACUCUGAAGUACGCCAACCGCGCUCGCAACAUCAAGAACAAAGUGAUCAUGAACCAGGAUAAAACCAGUCAGCAGAUCAGCGCCUUACGAGCAGAGAUCGCACGCCUUCAGAUGGAGUUAAUGGAGUACAAAGCGGGAAAGCGAGUGGCCUGUGACGAUGGAUCCGAGGGGUUUAGCGAUCUGUUUCAGGAGAACUCGAUGCUCCAGAAAGAGAAUGAUACUCUGCGUAUGCGGGUCAAAGCCAUGCAGGAAACCAUCGACCACCUCAACACUCGAGUCACCCAGCUGCUCACCAACGGAGUCAACCUGCUGCUCACCAAGACUGGUGAAACGAAUGAGGAGAUUGGCAAUCUAAUUCAGAACUACAUUCGAGAAAUUGAAGAGCUGAGGUCUAAGCUGCUGGAGAGUGAGGCCAUGAACGAGUCUCUGAGGCGCAGUUUGUCUCGCCUCUCCGCGCGCUCUUCAUACCCGGCCUCCCACCCGUCCACUCCAGCACACGCUCUAGGCUCCUCCCCCUCUGUUUCCAUGGAUGCAGAGAUGACCGAUGUGAUUCGUCAGGCCAAAUUAGAUGUGGAGAGGCUAAAGAAGAAAGAGAGAAAUCAGAGGAGGAAGAGUCCUGAGAAAGAAAAGGGUUUGAAGAAGAGAGCCAAACUUCAUCCUCAAGAAAAUGGAGAAAAGAGCGAGAAUGGGCUGAGCAGAGAAAAUGAAGAGAGACGAGAAAAUGGAGAUGGAGACUCUGAUAAUGAACCUGAAGAGGAUGGCAUGUAUCCUCUUCUGGAGGAUGAUCACGAGGAGAGCGGCUGUGAUGAGGAUGAGGAAGAGGAGACCAGGGAGGAGGAAGAGUUUGACAGCGACGAAAGCCUGGUGGAUUCUGACUCUGACUCGGAUGAGAAAGUGAACUUGCAGGCCGAUCUUGCAGACCUGACGUGCGAGAUCGAGAUCAAGCAGAGGCUCAUCGAUGAGCUGGAGAACAGCCAGCGGCGGCUCCUCACGCUGAAGAGCCAGUAUGAGGAGAAACUGAUCCUGCUUCAGAACAAGAUCAGAGACACACAGCUGGAGAGAGACCGCGUGCUGCACAACCUCAUGUCCAUGGAGAACUACACUGAAGAGAAAGCCAGUAAAAUCAAAUCGGACUACGAGAAGCGUCUGAAGGAGAUGAACAGAGACCUGCUGAAGCUGCAGGCCGCUCAGAAGGAACACGCUCGCCUGCUGAAGAACCAGAGCCGCUACGAGAGAGAGCUCAAGAAACUGCAGUCUGAGGUGGCUGAGAUGAAGAGAGCAAAGGUGGCGCUAAUGAAGCAGAUGAAGGAGGAGCAGCAAAGGAGGAGGGUGAUCGAGGCGAAGAGGAACAGAGAAAUCGCACAACUGAAGAAAGAGCAGCGACGACAAGAGUAUCAGAUCCGUUCUUUGGAGUCCCAGAAGCGUCAGCAGGAGAUCGUGUUGCGGAGGAAGACGCAGGAAGUGACGGCUCUGAGGCGGCUGGCCAAACCAAUGUCGGAGCGUGUGGCCGGACGCGUAGCCCGCAGACUCACCAGCGUGGACUCCGGAGCAGAGCUGACCACCAGUAUCACAACACCCCCCUCUGUACUGGACUCUACACGCUCAGUUUCCAGCAUCAUACGGCAGUGGAAUACCAAACUAAAUGGAUACCUGGGAGAGAACGAGACCCAUGGGACUGGAGGAAGCCUGGCCAGUAGCAGAAAAAAGUUCCAGCGAAAGGGUACGAGCGCAAGUUUUUCAAAGACAGCCCGUCAGAAGUGGCAGUCUCUGGAGAGGAGGAUCAUGGAUAUUGUAAUGCAGAGAAUGACCAUCACUAACGUAGAAGCUGAUAUGGAUCGCCUCAUUAAGAAACGUGAGGAGCUGUCCAUGCAGCAGGAGGCGCUGUUGCGCAAGAGAGAGAAGUUACUGAACGAGGGCUUCAGAGAGGAUGAGGAGGAGAGACUGCUUCAGGAGAUGAAUGAGGAGAUCGAGGUUCUCAAUGCCAACAUUGACUACAUCAGCGACAGUCUGUCAGACUGCCAGGCCACCAUCGUACAGAUUGAGGAGACCAAGGAUGAGCUGGACUCAGUGGACACCUCGGUGGUCAUCAGUUCCUGCUCGCUGGCUGAAGCUCGUUCUCUCCUGGACUACUUCCUCAAAGCCUCUAUUGACAAGGGCUUGCAAGUUGCUCAGAAAGAGGCUCAGAUUCGCCUGCUGGAGGGUCAGCUGCGGCAGACGGAUGUGAUUGGCUCUUCCCAAAAUCACAUGAUCCUGGAUGCUCUAAGGGAAAAGGCGGAGUGUAUCCCUGAGCUACACGCUCUAAUCCACAACGUCCAGCAAGAGAAUGGCUAUGCAAGCACAGAUGAGGAGGUGUCUGAGUUCAGUCAGGCGUCAGAGGGCGGUUUCUCCCAAAUGAAGUUGUCUGCGAGUCAAGAUGACUUUAAGAUGAAGGUUGAGCCUCGGCUAUCUGCACAAAUGAAAGCGGUGUCAGCUGAGUAUUUGGGCCCUAUUCUGGACCUCAGCUCCAAGAGCAUCACUAAGUCGCUGGCCUCUCUAUCAGAGAUCCAUGAGAACGGCCUGGUCCUCAAAGAGCCCUAUUACAGAGAGCUGGUGUCUCGAACCAUCAGCCUGCCUGUCCGAGGACACACUUUCCCAAGGCAGUCCAGAGGGUCUGACACAUCUCCCUUAACAAGGAGGCAGUCAUAUGACCGAGGCCAGCCAUACAGAAGUCCAGAUGUAGGCUACACCCCUCCUUCUUCCCCUCCUCUCCGAACACGUAACGACCGCAAUGUCUUUUCCCGCCUGACAAGCAACCAGAGUCAGGGCUCGGCACUCGACAAGUCGGAUGACAGCGACUCCUCUCUCUCGGAGGUGUUCAGGGGUGUGAUCACUCCCACAGGUGGGCUGAAGGGGGGCAGGACGGCCCCUCUACAGUGCGUGGCAAUGGCCGAGGGACACACCAAACCUGUGCUCUGCCUGGAUGCCACUGACGAGCUGCUUUUCACCGGGUCCAAAGAUCGAACCUGCAAGAUGUGGAACCUGGUGACCGGACAGGAAAUAGUCACCCUGAGAGGACAUCCUAACAACGUAGUUUCCGUCAAAUACUGCAGCAACUCCAGCCUGGUCUUCACAGUUUCCACCUCGUAUAUCAAAGUAUGGGACAUUCGUGAUUCUGCCAAGUGUGUCCGAACAUUUACGUCAUCGGGUCAGGUGGUCUCAGGUGAUGCCUGUGCUGGUACAACCACCCGCACCAUCACUACAGCCCAGGGCGAGUAUCAGAUCAACCAGAUUGCCCUCAAUCCCUCCGGAUCGGUGCUCUAUGCUGCUGCAGGCAACACUGUCCGCACAUGGGACCUCAACAGAAUGCAGGCCACUGGGAAGCUGACAGGACACAUUGGGUCAGUCAUGUGUCUUACAGUGGGUUAUUCUGGAGGAGGCAAGGAUCAGGUGAUCACUGGAUCCAAAGACCAUUACGUGAAGAUAUUUGACAUUGCGGAGGGAGCCCAGGGCAACAUCGGACCGGCUCAUAACUUCGAGCCCCCUCAUUACGAUGGGAUUGAGUGUCUUGCUGUACACGGUGACAUACUGUUCAGUGGUUCCCGCGACAACGGCAUUAAGAAAUGGGAUCUGGGACAGCAGGAGCUGAUUCAGCAAAUCCCAAAUGCGCACAAGGAUUGGGUGUGUGCACUGGCGUUUGUUCCCGGGCGGCCCAUGCUCCUCAGCGCCUGCAGGGCAGGCAUGCUCAAGGUGUGGAACGUAGACAACUUCACGCCCAUCGGAGAGAUUAAGGGCCAUGAUAGCCCCAUCAAUGCCAUCUGCACCAAUUCCAAACAGAUCUUUACUGCGUCCAGUGACUGUCGGGUGAAGUUGUGGAGUUAUGUCCCCGGGCUCACGCCCUGUCUGCCCCGCCGGGUCCUGGCCAUCAAGGGCCGGGCCACCAGCCUCCCCUGAGCCUCCACUAACCACCUCCUGCCUGCUUCCCUCUGUGACAUGAGAGUGAAGAUUUGGAAUCCGAAGAUGGGGAAGAAAAGGUGAAGAUCCUCCGUUUGGAAUGAUUGUUAUCGAUGGUGCCUUUUUGGGCUAAUUGGACGCCACAACUUUAGGUGUCCGAAACCGACCUUGGAAAGGAGUCCAGGGGUCAGCCGCCUCAAUCCAGAAGGCCAGUUUCAAGGACCUGCCUGAAGGAGAUCAGACACAGCCGUCUGUUUUAGAAGACACAACCCUUUCAACCGGCUGCAAACGUUGUCUGACGCAUCCGAGGAAUAUGAUCCAGUGAUCAUCUGAGGAACUGCCGGUUACUUUAUUCUAGAUGUUUUAAGGUGCCAUUUUGGUGACGCUGAAACUGUAUUAUCUGUACAAUGAAGUGUUCUCCUUCACUUCCUGUCUAAAUGAAAACAAGUCCUUGAGAUGACUUCAUCUGUAGCUGCUGAUUUUACUUCUGAAUAUUUAUCACGUCAAGGAAACAGAAUAAUCCAAGCUAGGUCACUUUUUUAUUCUUAGAGAGCCAUAAGACUUUAGCCUUGACCUGUUACCAGAAACUGUAUCACUUCCUCUCAGUAUCCAGAAGAUUGGCAACUCUUGUGUUUACUAAGGAUGAGCAGAUGCAGUCGUCGUCGUCAAUCCCAGUCCUACGUUCCCUCGAAACAUUGUGCAAUAGUAUGGACCACCACGUUUUUUCGAUGCCUUCCUCUUCAGGGGGUUUCUCUGAACAUUUCAGAUAACUAAUGGCUUCCUUAAACUUCCCUUAACCACAGACAAACAUUGUACAGCCCUCUUCCGAUAGGCUUCCUUUGCUUUUAAACUCGUUCGCUCCAUCUGCUGUGAAUUUUGUUUUCUACCUCAGGUUUAAAGUUAGAUUUCGUGCGUGAAACCUUCACUGAUUCUGAUAGGAUUCCAGCUUUAUUGUCUUCUAGAUGUGUGAACAGAGGUCUCAGAAGUAUAAAGCAGGAUUCAGAGUCUGCUGAGUGGGCAUUUUGAGGGUCUGCCCGUGUAAUAAGCCCAUCUCAUCGGGGGACUGUAGAGUUUAGUGACACUAGCAGACACUCUUAGGCAGAAUUAGAUGCUUCCUCAGGCUCAAGCGUCUGAUCGAAGGCAACGAUCCCCUGAGGACAGUAGAAAAGGAUUCAGCUGGCUUUGUUUCAUGUUGCUGGACACAGUCCUGGUACGAUUUUCAGACAAUCUAACACUGGAUUUUUGGAUAGAAAUUUGGUAGUUUUGUUAGCCCUAUAUUUUUCUAUAUUACGGCUACCCUCUGUAACACUUUAAAACAGAAGUGUUAGAAAAAUUUGCACAAUUGUCUUUUGAUGUUUUCUUUCUGGUGCUCUGCAUGUCUGCUCCAUGUUAUGUUUUUUUUAUUUUUUUAUUUUAAAGGGAUAGUUCAACCAAAAAUGGAAACUGUGAUUUACUUCUAAUCCUUAUGACUUUUUUUCUUCAGUGGAACAUAAAAGGAGAAGUUUAACAGAUUGUUCAAACUGCUCUUUUCCAGCUCAGUUGCUCAGUUUCAAAAAUGAGCAAAAAAUUGGAAUAUAUAAAAUUGUUGUUCUUUAUUCCAAGACUUUGGAAGUAGUGUUGUCAAAAGUACUGACUUCGGUACCAGGUCAGUACUGAAAUUUUUUUUAAAUGUGACGCUUUGAGCUCUGUUGAUUAGAUUCGUAAACGCCUCUGAUUGGCCAUUGUGUUCACGCGUUCAACAGAUAUGUCUGUGAUUGGCUACAAUGAUCAACGCACGGGAGCGUUUAAAAGCAUUUGUCUAUCAGCGGACCGGUGCUUUCAAACACUCUCGUGUGUAUCUGUGUAAGCGUUCAGUGAAGAGCGCCAUUGUUGUCUAUUUACAACAUGUUUUUGAAGCGUUGAUCGCUGUAGCCAAUCACAGACAUAUCUGUUGAGCGCGUGAAAACAAUGGCCAGUCAGAGGUGUUUAUGAAUCCACUCAACAGUGCUCAAAGCGUCACAUUUUUUUAAAUUUCAGUACCAACUUGGUAUCGAAGUAACUAUUUGGAAGCCACACAGCCCAUUUUUUUAUUUACAAUUCAAUUAGUUACUCAAUAAAAAUCAUCUGUUUCAUCUCUGAUUCUUGUCAAUGUAUAUUCAAGUAUGCCAUUUAAAGAUCUGUCACAUCUAUAAUGAGUUUAGUUGUUUCUCAUGCAAAUCUGUCUUAUGAAGGCUUGAAAUAUAGUGCACAAGUCAAGUGGACUACUUUAUGAUUAGUUUUUUUGUACUUUUUGGAGCUUGACUUCACCCGUUCAUUGUAAUUAUAACAGCUGGAACAAUCUGCUAAACUUCUCCUUUUGUGUUCCAUUGAAGAAAAAGAGUCAUACAGGUUUGGAACAACAACAAGUUCAGUAAAUUAAUACAGAAUUACAAUUUUUAGGUGAUCAAUCCCUUUAAUCACCCUAAUAAAAUGUAAAAUCAUUCUAAGAAGAACCUCAUCCAUUGAUGAUUCUUCUUUCCCGCACAAGCAUCCAUGAUAAAACCAGCCGUGUUAAAGUAGGUCAAAUUAGGCACUGUGUUUUCCAGUCCUCCUCUCAGAGUUUCACACCCUGUUAAAUGAAAUAGGAAGCAGCCUCCUCUGCAUUGGAGGAUAUGGCGUGCCUGAUGGGGGUAUGUGGGCGUUUGCGAGCUUGUCUUGGUAGAACACAUGCAACUUUGUUUAUUUUUACGCCAUCAAUCUUGCUGUGCCACACGCCACUCCCUUCUCGGGCUUUCCCAGAUUUACAGUCUUUUUUUAAUGAAACACAUCUAUCACAAAGGUUUUCGGGCAGCCCUUGGCAAUUCACCACCUGAACGCAGCCAUGUACACAAGCUGCUGUAAGGAGGAAGCUCUUAUUUCCAGUCGACAGGGAUGUGCUUUAUCUGAUGAACGACCCACAGUAUGGAUAAUCGCACAUUAAGCGCUGCAGGAGUCGGGAUUCUCAAGCUACGACAAGAGAUUUGAUCAAAUUUGCAAGUUACCUUUUUUGAUCUGUAUUUUCGAAAACAACAUGAUGUGGUAUAGCUGCUGUCAGUCAUUUAAAGCUACUACAACGUGUUUCUAAGGAUGAAUCUUUAGGCUUGAGUCAUUUGUAUAAUGUAAAGCUCAUAUACAUAUUCAUGAGGAAGUAUGCAGUAGGGGCUUCCUUACCCUUUAGGUUAAUAGAUUUCUGCCAAUGGUUCACUGCAUAUACACCUUUCUAAAUUUGACAGUAGUGUCAUUAAGCCAGUAUGUCAUCCUCAUUAAGAUUAUAUACGAGUUUGUGAUUCUAGAACGUGGAACUACUAACAUUAUAAGGUGUUUUUGACCAAAUUAUCCAUUUUUUUCCUUUGAAUCCAAGUGAUGCGCUCAUAAAAAUAACUGUUUUUGGAUCUUUUCUGUGAAGUCUUUUAUAAUAAGGCCAAAUUUAUUAAAUAAUGAUCAGAGAAUCUACUUCAAAAGAACUUUUGUUUUCAAAACUGUGAAAAAUGCUGCUUUAUUCCAUCUUUUUUUAAUAUGAGUCUGUGUGUUUUGUUCUUAAAGUGAGAUCAAAAUAUACAACAUCAAACGUGUUACCAAAGUUUGGUUUAAAUAAUCACUUGCACAUUUUUAAAACCCCAAAAAUGAAUCAAAAUUGUAUGUUUGUACUGGUUAUGGUUCUACCCCUUAAAGGGAUAGUUCACCCAAAAAUGAAAAUUACUCCAUAAUUUACUCACCCUCAAGCCAUCUGAGGUGUAUAUGACUUUCUUCUUUCAGCCAAACACAAUUGGAGUUAUAUUAAAAAAUAUCCUGGCUUUUCCAAGCUUUAUAAUGGGAGUGAAUGGAGGAUGAGAUUUUGAAGCCCAAAAAAGUGCAUCCAUCCAUCAUAAACAUACUUCACACGGCUCCGGGGGGUUAAUAAAGGCCUUCUGAAGUGAAUCGAUGCGCUUGUUAUCCAUUAUAAUGUAGGAUAUAGCGUAGAAUGUCAUGGCAUUUUACUACUAUGUCGCAGAAGUUACCACUUUUUAGACGUUUGUCGAAUGCGUAUGGCUGUCGUUAUUUUACUUUAUAAAGUUUUAAAUAAUGAUAUUUGUCUUACACAAAUGCAUCGAUUCGCUUCAGAAGGCCUUUAUUAACCCCCAGAGCCGCGUGGAGUAUGUUUAUGAUGGAUGGAUGCACUUUUUUGUGCUUCAAAAUCUCAUCCCCCAUUCACUUCCAUUAUAAAGCUUUGAACGAGCCAGGAUAUUUUUAAAUAUUACUCUGAUUGUGUUUGGCUGAAAGAAGAUAGUCAUGUACACCUCAGAUGGCUUGAGGGUGAGUGAUUUUUGGGUGAACCAUCCCUUUAACAAAGUCGCUCACUGUUUGUGUACAGUGCAACUAUGCAUUUUAAUUCAGUGCAACAAUUUACACCAAUAAUUUUACGUACAAUUUCCACAAUUCAUUCUGUUCGUUUCUACGAUUGAGGUUCAGAAUUUGUGUUUGUACUAUUCUAAUAAUGCGUCCUAUCACAGGGUCAACCCUUUUUUAAUAAGUGCCCCUCAUUAGUGAGAUUACAAAAGACUGUGCGUCUUUAACUCAUUUCAUUUUAGAAAUGAAAAAGCAUUGUUUUGAAUACCAUUUUGAAGCAUUUUUGGUACAAUUGUAAUAUUCUUGGGAAAGGAGCUUGUCAAAAUGUGCUCGGUAUUGCUAGGACUUAAAGACUGUGAAAUUGGUUUGCGAAUACAGUUCCAUAACACGUCGUCCACACAGAUAAUUUCAGCCUCUCAGCUCGCUCUCUCUCUCUCUCUCUCCAUUGUGUCUGAAAGCUCAUUGGUUCACAAGGCUGCAGCUGAGAUUGACAGCUACAACCUUAAAUACUCCACGCUUUUUACAGCCAUGCCAGUCAGUGGCCUGCAAUUCCUGGUGCUCAGCUUAAAGACGGUCUUAACUUUCAAUGUAUCUGAAGCUUUUGGGGUUUAUCUUUCUUACGCAUUCAGCUUCACAGCAGUAGUUUACCGGGGGUACGUUUAGUGAUGUAGCUUUACUGUUGCUUAUAUUUUAUAUUCUAGGCCAGUGAUGCAUGGCAUGGACAUGCUGUAUAAGCUUCUACAUCUGUAUAGAAUCUUAAAGGAAAGCUUUUCUGUACAGGGGAGAUUGUCGACACCUGUCUACUGAUCAGCGUAGCGUUAACCUGCGGCUUUGCCCCACUGUAAUGCCAAAGGUGUCGUCCCAGCUGCCUUACGCCCUCUCUGUCUCUCCCGGCCUGAAGCGCAGGGCCGCACUGCAAUACGCCUGACGCCUUACCUCACUUUCAGUGUGUGGAACAUCAUGCCAUCGCGAAACGCUGCUUUUAAAUGCCUUAUGCAUUUUUUUGGGGAAAAAAAAAUGUUUGAAUGGGUGCUUACUAGUUACCUGGCAACCCAGGUACGCAGUUAAUACGCAGAUUAGAAAAGACAUUUAAGUAAUAGAGAAAAAGAGGCUGAAAUUAAAGGCUUGACAGAACAAUCAGUCAUUUUCGAGGCGUUCAGCUCGAGUUCAGCUGACGGUUUAGGCGACUGCUGAGGGCUUGUGAAACGCGGCGGGGCGUAUACCAACAACGGUCACAGGUGCCUUUUAUCGCAUUGACUCCUCCCAAGGAAUGUAAAUGUUUGUACAGACUUUCUUUCUUUUUGUUACAUGUGCAUGCGACCAAACUGGGUGUAAAAUAUCUGACUGUAAAUACUGUACAGGUUUUAUUUAAUGACGGUUAAAGCAUUCCUCCAGAGAAAUAAAUAAAAAAUGUGGGAAAAAAAUGCA